CGCGUCGGCCGAUGACACUCUGCUUUUGUUACAGGUGAAGUGCGACAUGGUGAUAAUGCGAGAUAUCGGGGUCUCUGGGGCCACCCCUGCCCGGCGGCCGCUCCGAGUCGGGUUCUAUGAUAUUCAGAGGACACUUGGGAAAGGGAACUUUGCUGUUGUGAAGCUGGCCAGACAUCGUGUCACCAACACACAGGUCGCCAUUAAAAUAAUUGAUAAAACUCGGCUGAAUGAGGAGAAUCUGGAGAAGAUCUACAGGGAGGUGGAGAUCAUGAAGAAACUGAAACACCCUCACAUCAUCCGACUGUACCAGGUUAUGGAGACCAAAGACAUGAUCUACCUGGUGACAGAAUACGCCCAAAACGGGGAGUUAUUCGACUACCUGGCGGUCCGCGGCCGUCUGACGGAGGACGAGGCCCGGAGGAAGUUCCUGCAGAUCCUGUCAGCGGUGGAGUUCUGUCACGCGCACAACAUCGUCCACCGAGACCUCAAGACCGAGAACCUGCUGCUGAGCGAGAACUCGGACAUCAAACUGGCGGACUUUGGGUUCGGGAACUUCUAUACGGACGGCUGCCCCCUGAGCACCUGGUGCGGAAGCCCCCCGUACGCUGCGCCUGAAGUCUUCCUGGGGAAGGAGUACGAGGGUCCGCUGCUGGACGUGUGGAGCCUCGGCGUCGUGCUCUACGUCUUACUCUGCGGAUCGUUCCCGUUCGAUGGACCCGACUUAGCAAAGUUGCGGCUGAGGGUGCUGGAAGGAAGGUUCCGGAUCCCGUACUUUAUGUCGCAGGACUGCGAGUCCCUGAUCCGCCGGAUGUUGGCCGUGGACCCCGCCAAGCGGCUGAGCGUCGCCCAGAUAAAGCAGCAUCGGUGGGUGCAGGCGGGAAACCCCCAGCCGCCCCCCUGCAGCACCUUCCCGUCACCCCAGCCGUGUCUGCAGGCCCUCGGCAUCAUGCAGGGUCUGGGCAUCGACAGAGAGCGAACCCUGCAGUCCCUGCAGAACGGUCUGUAUGAUCACUACGCUGCCAUAUAUCACCUUCUGGUGGAGAAGCUGCAGCGGUCACGACCGACCCAGGGGGAAUCUCUGCCUCCAUCACAGAAGCUCCCGGCCCUGGCGGACAGCAAUAAGGUGUGGCCCCCUAGGCCAUCUCCUCUCCAGGCUGAGCCGGGGGACUCUGAGUGCGAGCUCAGCUUUCCUUUGCAGACACUCUUACACCUGAAGGAGCCUCCAUGUCUCGGCCAGCCGGGGUGCGGCUCUCUUCCCCCCUUUACCCUCCAGGAUCGCCCCCCUAGCGAGGAAGUGGUGGGUGCUGUGCAGGGUAACUACGCGGCACCAUCCGUUCUGGGCUCCUCUUCGGCUCCCUCUGCGUGUCACAGUUUGGAGAGCUGUCUCCUUCCUUCCUGGAUCCCGGCUUCUCGUGGGUUACGUGGCCAGCAUGCUGCCCCACCGUUAAGUGCCCAGUCCGCCGCUCCCGUCCUCCAGGCCCCGGGCGUCUCGGCCCCAAGCUCUCUCCUGCCUGUAACGUUUCAGGAGGGGCGGCGAGCGUCCGACACGUCUCUCACCCAAGGAAUCCGCGUGUUGAGACAGCUCCGUAAGGCUGCGCGUGUCCGUGGCCUCCUGUGUCUGAGUAAAAGCCGCCCUGGCAGCCGGAAACAUGGCAUCUUUUUUGGGGGGCUGCGCGGCUCUCAUCACCCUCAACAUCCUCCACAAGUCGGGGCCGACCCACAAGGACUUCUGCAAGGCGUUCUGCAGCAGCAGAGGUUCCUGCAGAUGUCGGUCUCGCCCCAGAGAGCGCUGAUGCUGUCCUCCUCGCUGCUGCUCUCUCAGGACUUUAGUGACCAAACGCUGACCCUGGAACUUCUCCCGUCCUCCUCGUGUCCCUCACAACCUCUACCUAACCACAUACCCCAUCCCAGGGCCCUUAACCCCGCGGACUCCCAAACCCCGGUCGACCCCAGGUACGUCCUCGUCUCAUAGGGGCCGACUGCUGCCGAGCUGCUAAUCUCCGGGACGUUUCGCAAUAUUUCCGAGCACUGAAACUUCAAGCAAUAAUCGCCUGCAAUAGUGUUUUUAUACUGGGAAUCCGGAUCCCAGCUGGAUCUAUACUGGGAAUCCGGAGCUCGGCUGGAUCUAUUCUGGGAAUCCGGAGCCCAAUUGGAUCUAUA